AUGGUCAGCUCCUGUCAUAGCUCUGUCUGCUCUAAGCAGGGAUGUAUCCAAGGCUGCUGCCAGCCUAGCUGCUGUCAGACCACCUGCUGCCACCCCAGCUACUGUGUGUCCAGCUGCUGCAGGCCUCAGUGCUGCCAGUCUGUGUGCUGCCAGACCACCUGCUGCUGCUCCAGCUACAGCAGCCUCUGCUGUGGUAGUUCCAGCUGUUGUGGAUCUAGCUGUUACAGACCCAGGUGUUGCAUUUCCAGCUGCUGCCGCCCCACCUGUUGCAUUUCUAGUUACUGCAGACCUUCCUGUUGCCAAUCCACCUGCUGCAGCUCCUAUCGCUCCUGUCCCAGCUGCUGUGUGUCCAGCUGCUACAGGCCUUCCUGUUGCUGCCCCACAUGCGGUGUGCCCAGCUGUUGUAGGCCAAGCUGUUUUCAGUCUGUAUGCUGCAAGCCCACCUGCUGUGUUUCCAGCUGUUGCCAGCCUAACUACUGCAGGCCCACCUGCUGCCGCCCCACUUGCUGUGCUUCCAGAUAUUGUAGACCUAGCUGCCUCCCUUACUGUUCCCAUCCCACCUGCUGUGUGGCCAGCUGUUGUAGGCCAAGCUGUUUGCAGUCUAUAUGCUGCAAGCCCACCUGCUAUGUUUCCAGCUGUGGCAGACCUAUCUGCUACAGGCCCACCUGCUGUUGCCCCAGCUGCUCUGGUGGCUCUUGUUGCUGA